UAGACUAUCUAGCUUAUUUGAAAUUAUGUUAAAAGGUUCCUGUCAAGAUSAGWUCUGCUACAACGACGGGAAUCCAUACUGUUUGAASAACACAGGCUACUGUUACUGCUCACGUGAUACCUACGGAGAMAAGUGUCAAUUUGUUCUAGAAAACUACACCUGUACUUUUGAUAAAGGUAUCUGUCGUCAUCUCUGGAAUCAAAAUGCCAAAAUGAAUCAACUGGACUGGAAGCGACAACGUGGGCCAUCAUGGCCGCACACAACUGGUCCAUCACGAGAUCACACAAGUGGGAGAGGAUAUUACAUGACAAUUCACAGCCGAAAUCAAAGAAUAGGGGAUACCGCUCGUUUAAUUAGCAGACAACUUCCUGCCAGUAACCAUACCUGUCUGGAAUUUUGGUAUCAUAUGUAUGGUGUUGAUAUCGGCGCAUUGAGAAUCUUAAAGAAAACUGGUGCUCAAAGCGUCACAGUCUGGUCGAGAAACGGUCAAAGUGGAAACAGAUGGCUUGAAGGAAAAGUGGAUCUUAAAAGUCAACAUGAAUUUCAGGUAUGUAUUCAUCGUACUGAAUCCUGAAUCCU